AUGGCUGACACAAAAUGGAUCCUUUCCAUUGAUGGAGGCGGAAUCCGAGGUUUAAUUCCUGCUUUAGUGCUCGCUGAAGUUGAAAAAAGAGUAACUGGGGAAAUGAAAAAGUAUCGUAAAGAUGCGGAUAUUAGAAUUGCGGAUCUAUUUGACGUCAUAGCUGGCACAUCAACCGGUUCUAUUCUUGCGUUGGGACUCGCAUGUGCUGAGAAUGGUCGUCCUAAAUAUACAGCUGAUUACGUGGUGGAUAUUUAUAAAACGAGAGGAGCGGAAGUCUUUCCUAAUUAUUCAUAUUUUUCUUGGUUAGAGAGCCUUGCUGGAAUUGAGACUGAUGUUGAACAAGAAAUCGAAACUAAAGAGGAAUCUAAAAAGGAAACCAAGCAUGAUAUCAAUGAAACUAUUGCCGGUACCCUACUCAACAUGAUUAUUCCGCCAUCUUUUAAGCUGAGGCGUCCAUCAUAUUCUCCAGAUGGCAUUGAAAAAUUGUUAGGGGAUAAAUUUGGUGAUUUGAAACUUAAAGAUACCGUAAACGAAGUGCUU